UAAUCAGUGUGUAAUUUGGGAUGGAGCCCUAAUCUGGGCAUACGUGACGUACAGCUCUCUUUUUCGACGUUUCUUUAAUUCUCCAAUGGGUCCGAUGGUGUUUGGAGACACAGUCGAGUUUUAUUUCACAGUUAUUAAGGCACCUUACGGUUAAACACUGUCACUAUUUGAGUGUUUAUCCACCGAAGGGUCGCUAAGAGACGAGGAAUCUCGCUAAAUGUCUCGUGUGCGCGUGUGUGCGCGUGCUGUUGUUAGCUAACGCCGUGGACGCUCUUAUUAAAAAGAGGAAGCAUGAUGUGCAAAAGCGGACUGGGCUCCGUGACCCUGUGUGUGGACGGGAUGACGUGCAGCUCCUGUGUCCAGAGCAUAGAACAGCAGAUUGGUGGACUGCCAGGUGUCCUCCAGAUAGAGGUGUCCUUGGAGAACAAGAAUGCCACAGUGAUAUUUGACCAAGCACAUUACACUCCAAAAUCUAUAGCAGAGGCUAUUCAAGACAUGGGCUUUGAGUCUAGUGCAACAAACGCUAGUCCAACCACAGUUGUUCAAACCGAAAUGAGACUAUUUCCUGUCAGCAGCUGUAGCAUGGAAUCUGUCUCUCAGCUUCGCCAGCUCAAGGGUGUACUGGAGGCCAAGGAGAAUGGCGAAGGCAGGAAUCUUGUUGUCACAUUUGUCCCGUCAAUUGUGAGCGUCGAGAGAAUCCAGGACCUGCUGAAAACAGUGUCCAUCUCUGGCAACACUUCCACAGAUCAAGCAAGUUCCCGUAGUGCUGGUAGUGUGGAGUUGGUGAAGCUGCGUAUUGAGGGCAUGACCUGUCUGUCCUGCACCACUACCAUUGAGGGCAAGAUUGGGAAGUUAAAAGGAGUUCAGAAGAUUAAAGUAAAUCUCGAGUCCCAGGAAGCCUCAGUGUCCUACUUGCCUUACCUCAUCACUGUGGAGGAUAUCGUGAAGCAGAUCGGUGUAGCAGGAUUCAAGGCCUUUGUGAAGUCCAAGCCUCCUCAGUUACAGCUCUCUUCAUUGGAUAGACUGCUAAACACCUCACGAUCCAUGCAUUCUUCUCCAGAUGCGAGCACCAUUGUGGAGGCAGUGGACAUAACCACCUCCAUCACCACAAUAAUAGAUGUUACAGGAAUGCAUUGCAACUCCUGUGUGGUGAACAUCCAAGACAAUAUAGGCAAGCUGCCAGGAGUCAGCUCAGUGCAGGUCUCCUUGGAGAAAGGACAGGCUAUUAUCCAACACAAUCCAAAUGUAGUUACUGUGCUAGAGCUACAGAGUGCCAUUCAAACACUACCACCAGGGAAAUUUAAGACCCAGUUAGCUAUGCGUGAGGCUGUUACACCAGCGUCUCUCUCAGAACAAUCCCUCGCAACGUCCUCUAGCUUCUUGCAACCGCUGGACUCUGUAGUACAAAUUCACAUAGAGGGUAUGACUUGUAAAUCGUGCGUGCAGACGAUCGAGGGCACCAUCUCCCAGAGGAAUGGUGUGAGGUCAGCACAAGUUUCCCUGGCUAACCAUCAGGGUACGUUUGUUUACGACCCACUGAUCACCUCAUCGGAAGAACUGCGAGCAGCGAUUGAGGAUAUGGGCUUUGAUGCAUUUCUGCCUGAAACUAAUUCAUUGGUGCCGCCAGAAUCGAAAAGUCCUUCAUCUGUAAGGAAAUCUUCUUCGUCCCCUGCACUCUCAACCAAAAAGGAGAAGGAAGUGGAGAUCGAUGCUGAGUCAGCGAAAAACACACAUUCCAAAUGUUUCAUCCAGAUCGGUGGUAUGACGUGCGCGUCAUGCGUAGCCAACAUAGAAAGGAAUCUCAAAAAUGAAACUGGUAUCAACUCUGUUUUGGUGGCUCUGAUGGCUAGUAAAGCAGAGGUGCGCUAUAACCCUAGCGUCAUCGACCCACAGAGGAUAGCAGAGUACAUCAAAGAGCUGGGCUUCACUGCCUCCGUUUUGGAGAACUACGACGGCUCAAACGGCACCCUCGAGCUUGUGGUCAGAGGGAUGACAUGUGCCUCAUGUGUUCACAAAAUCGAGUCUAACCUAAUGAAACAGAAAGGCAUCGUCUAUGCUUCUGUGGCCUUGGCAACAAACAAAGCUCAUGUCAAAUAUGACCCAGACGUGACAGGCCCACGGGACAUAAUGAGAUUGAUCGAGAAUUUGGGUUUUGAUGCCUCUCUUGUGAAGAAAGAUCGCCAAGGGAAUCAUCUGGAUCACAGCAGCGAGAUACAACAAUGGAGGAGGUCUUUCCUCAUCAGCUUGGUGUUCUGUGUUCCUGUUAUGGGCAUGAUGAUCUACAUGAUGGUGGUGGACCACCAGAUCGAGGUGACGCACCAUCACAACGCCACACCAGAGGACAGACAGAUGUACCACUCCAGCAUGUUUUUAGAGAGACAGCUCCUCCCUGGCCUGUCCAUCAUGAACCUUCUUUCCUUCCUCUUCUGUCUGCCUGUACAGUUCAUAGGAGGCCGUUACUUCUACACCCAAGCAUACAAAGCGCUGAAGCACCGGACUACUAAUAUGGAUGUGCUGAUAGUCCUGGCCACUACUAUAGCCUUCACCUACUCUGUGGUCAUUCUGACGGUGGCCAUGAUCGAGAGGGCAAAGCUAAACCCCAUCACCUUCUUUGAUACACCACCAAUGCUCUUUGUUUUUAUCUCACUGGGAAGGUGGCUGGAGCAAAUAGCUAAGAGUAAAACAUCAGAGGCUCUGUCCAAGCUGAUGUCGUUACAGGCAACCGAGGCCACUGUUGUCACUCUAAAUGAGGACACAAUGACUGUUUUGAGUGAAGAGCAGGUGGAUGUGGAGCUGGUGCAGAGGGGUGAUGUAGUGAAAGUGGUGCCUGGAGGAAAGUUCCCUGUAGAUGGGAGAGUAAUCGAAGGGCAUUCCAUGGCAGACGAGUCACUUAUCACAGGUGAAGCCAUGCCUGUGACAAAGAAGGAAGGAAGCACAGUGAUCGCAGGCUCCAUCAACCAGAACGGCUCUCUGCUGAUCCGAGCCACACACGUCGGCAUGGACACUACACUCUCCCAGAUAGUCAAACUAGUGGAAGAGGCACAGACCUCAAAGGCUCCCAUUCAGCAGUUUGCAGAUAAGAUCAGUGGCUACUUCGUCCCCUUUAUCGUAGCCGUCUCUUUGCUCACUCUCAUUGCCUGGAUUGUGGUUGGAUUUGUAGACUUCUCUGUGGUGAAGAAAUACUUCCCGGAUUAUGAUAGGAGUGUGUCUGAAGCAGAGGCGAUUAUCCGCUUCGCCUUUCAGGCCUCCAUUACUGUGCUUUGUAUCGCCUGCCCUUGCUCUCUCGGCCUGGCAACCCCUACGGCAGUGAUGGUAGGCACAGGAGUAGGGGCACAGAACGGCAUCCUAAUUAAAGGCGGGGAACCUCUGGAGACAGCACACAAGAUUCAGUGUGUGGUGUUUGAUAAAACGGGCACCAUCACUUACGGAACUCCCAAAGUGGUGCAGGUGAAGGUGUUGGUGGAGGGGAACCAAAUGGCUCGGUCCAAACUCCUAGCGAUUGUGGGAACGGCGGAGAACAACAGCGAGCAUCCGCUAGGUGCCGCAGUCACCCGCUUCUGUAAACAGGAGCUGGGCACAGAGUCACUGGGCACUUGUACUGAUUUUCAAGCAGUACCAGGUUGUGGGAUAAAGUGCCAGGUUAGCAACACUGAGAGCCUGCUAAAGAGAGAGGACAGUGACAGUGAGGAGAAUGAGCGCAACGCCAUCCUUGUGCAGAUCAGUGACCCCCGAGGCAGUUCCAAUUUUCAUCCGCUCAUCAUGGACCCAGAGCCACUGACUUUGGUGCAAUCAGCCUCUUACCCAGUCCUGAUCGGGAACAGGGAGUGGAUGAGACGCAACGCCCUACACAUACGGCCUGAAGUUGACGAUGCCAUGAUCGAACAUGAGAGGAUGGGGCGGACUGCUGUACUUGUGGCCGUGGAUGGUGUGCUGUGUGCCAUGGUUGCCAUAGCAGACACAGUGAAGCCAGAAGCAGAGCUGGCUGUACACACACUCACCUCUAUGGGCCUGGAGGUGGUGCUGAUGACUGGCGACAACAGCAAGACAGCGCGAGCCAUUGCAGCACAGGUUGGCAUCAGGAAGGUGUUUGCUGAGGUUUUGCCCUCUCACAAGGUAGCGAAGGUGGAGCAGCUUCAGCUGACAGGGAAAUGCGUGGCUAUGGUGGGAGACGGCGUGAACGACUCACCUGCUCUGGCCAAGGCAGACGUGGGCAUUGCCAUUGGCACAGGCACUGACGUGGCUAUUGAAGCAGCAGACAUUGUGCUCAUCAGGAACGACCUCCUGGAUGUUGUUGCGAGCAUUGACUUGUCUAAGAAGACGGUCAAACGGAUCCGCAUUAACUUUGUAUUUGCACUAAUCUACAACCUUGUAGGAAUUCCUAUUGCAGCUGGUAUGUUCAUACCUAUAGGACUGGUGCUACAGCCGUGGAUGGGCUCUGCUGCUAUGGCUGCUUCUUCUGUAUCUGUGGUCCUCUCGUCCCUUUUACUCAAAUGUUACACCAAGCCCACUGCUGAGAAGCUGGAGCAACAGAUAUUGGGGCAGCGUAAACUGGGCAGUCUUUCAGACGUCAGCGUUCACAUCGGCAUGGGUGAACUGCGCCGGCCCUCGCCCAGACUCAGCUUACUCGACCGGAUUGUCAACUACAGCCGAGCCUCUAUCAACUCCCUUCGCUCUGAAAAACAUUCGCUCAACAGCAUGACCUUAAGUGAACCUGACAAACACUCACUGCUCAUAGCCGGAGCUCACUGCGGCGAGGAAAUCGUCUGAUGGGGUAUUACCAGGAGCCAUGUGACUCCUUAACACACCUCAGUGCCUGUAGCAUGGAGAGGAGGAACCAAAUUUCACACACAGACACACACACACACACACGCGCGCACGCACACACCUGUUUUGCUUAAAGCUGCUGUGUGGCAUCACUAGAAGUUCAUGCACCAGUCUCCAUGUCUCUACGGCACCCUGUGUGUAACCGGUUGAGCUUAGCGCCAAAAUUGUAAGGAAAAGUAGGAACUCUAACACAUGAUCAUGGCGAUCAUGGGAUUGUUUCUUUUUUUUUUUAAAUGACAAUCUACAUGACAGCCCAAAGAAUUUUGGACACGUAAUAUUUUAUUACUAUGACAAGCUUGCUGAGUUUUAAGACUUUAAUUAAAUAUUUAUAAUGUCAUUUAUUUAUACAUAAGAAUGUAGGAAAUGUAAAAAAGGAAGUUAAAGAUAUUUUAUUUAUCCAAAUAUUUUUCACUGACAUUAUUGCCUUUGAUCAGCAAAUGUACAUUCGUUACAUUUACCAUGUUCAGUGUUCACAUUCUCAACACUCACAUUUCAAUAGCCCUGAUGCUGCUUUUCACCCAUUCCUGAACUCAGUCUAGUUUUUGGGGCUUGAAAAUAGAUAAGAUAGAAAACAUUCCAAAGAAGGUUCCCUCUAAAUAAAAAAUCAAAAAACCUUGAGUGAAAAUUGCUUAAUUAAAAUUGGUAGUAAGCAAGGACAAAACAAAUCCUGCAGGCUUCUUUAGAUGUAUCACUUCCUGGAUAUAGCAGUUUUUUAUUUUAUAGAAAAUACAUACGGAUAUUACUAAUGAGGAAGGUGAAAAUAAAAUUAAGCUUUUGGUGAAAUAAUUAAAAGAAAAUAGUCACUAUUUAUUUUUUCAGGUAUGCAUUGAUUGCUGAUGGCGAUAGAGAAACCGAGUCGAUGGAAAUUUGUUUCUGUUACUGUUUCUUGUUUCUAAGGUUUUCUACACUUGAAUCAUUUUAGGGUGUAGAUUGGAUUUCAACCUGUCACACAUUUUAAUCAGUCAGCGAUCACACAAGUCCCUCGCAAGAAAGGAAAUCAAGCAGUGUAAGUUUAAUUAAAACUAAUUGCAUUAGGGUUCUGCUAAGGUGGAUUUACCAAGGUUACGGUCAAGUGACAAGUUAGGGGAAAACCAUGGAGAAAAUGAGAACCUUUGAAUACAUUGAUAAAUAUAGAGAUUGUGGUGGCUGGUUAACACAGGUUGGGAAAAAUGGGUUUACAUAAUAUAUUAAUAAAUAAAUAAAUAAAUAGAAAAUCUCAUUUGAUCAAAUGUAUACAGUGUGUUAUAUAAAAUAAUGUUAGCCAAUUUGACACAAUCGAUUGAUAAUUCGAUAGAACGCAGUUUUCAAAGUUUUAUGGUAAUGAUAAGUUAAUGGCUUCUGAGCUGUUAAUCAUGCAUUAUGCUGAGCAUUAAUCUGGAUUAUGGGUAUUUUUGUUUUUGUUUUGGGCUUUUAUUUUAUCUCCACUUAGUGAAGGAAAAAAGUCUGCUAGUCUAUAAACUAAAAUAUUGGUCAUUAAAUGUUGCAAGUACCGUUAUUCAGUUUCUGUGCCAGCAUUAUAGCUGAGGUUUAAAAAAAAAAAAAAGUCACCUUUAUUAUCAUGUAUGUAUGGAACAAUGGACUGAAUUAGCCAGGCCUUCCAUGCUACAGGACACUUUAAAUAAGGCACUUGAGUGAGUUGACAAGUAAACUAAAGCAAAAAUUAGGUAAUUAAGUACUGGGUGAAUUGUAGGAUUCUGAGUUUUGGUUUCAGUACACAAAGACCCUGUAUGUAUUAUAGUGUGCAAGAUAAUUAAUAGAAAAAAGCAGCUCGAAUUUGAUUUAAAAAAAAAAAAGAUUUGUGGAGGUAAAAAAAAAUCUUUGUAUAUUUUUUGUCUGCUCUUAUAGAUUAUUCUGAUCCUUAAGUUAAAUUAAUUUUUAAGUUUCUUUGAAUUGAACAACAUGCAUUAAACCCAGACUUUCAGAGUCAAUACAGCUCCAUCAGAGACUGUUCUGUUGUUUAUUCAGUUUCAUCUGGGAUGUGUACAUUUUUGUGAAAAUUGUAUCGUACAACCCUUAAAGUUGUGUAAAGAGAGUAGAGGGGAUAUUGUGUCACUGUGCCUUUUUUAUUACGAUUGCUAAUUUGAAGGGUUUUUAAAGCCUUAGUGAAGCAGAUGAACUGGAAUGUAGGCCUCAUGUGCAAUCAAUGCCUUUUAGUUUGCAGUGUUUUCACUGUGCUGAGCGGCUGUAUUUAUUGCUCUUCUUGCCAGGUGUCUGUUUGAAGCUGUGACUAAAUGUGAUUUAUAAAACAGAUUUGGCAUAUUUUGUGGUUGUUAUGCAAGCUCUCAAUAAACUACAGCUUGUGAGAUCCA